GCGAUUCAGGAGUACAUACAAAGAAGAAGAGCGAUAUGAAGGAGUACGUAGUGUGUUUAUUUUUAUUCGGCGCAGUUAUUUCUGAGAACUAUAACUGUGAUUUUUCGUUCGGUAAAGAUUUUUCAAGUGUUUUUUGUUUCUGAAUCAGCUGAAUGAUUCCAUUAUUUUUAUAUUUUACCGCCUGAGGCUUCAUCUGUGUUAUCUAAGAGUUAACAAAUUAUUAACUAAUCCUUUCCUCGAGGACUGCGCUAUUUAUUGGUUAAAACAGAAUGAAAAUCGGUGCAGUAGGUGAUCCAACAUGGGAUUAUUCUAAACUUUUCUACAACAGAAAGCAUGUUAUACCAGCGGGCGCUACUCUUUAUAAUGUGACUUUACCCCACGAAAAGAACCAAAUGAUAAGUUUCGUAUGCGUCAACCUCACGGCUGUUGACCUGUCGACUGUACAAGUUGCAUAUGCCAGCCUCUUUAGAAGAGUCACGAUUUUCUUAACCGAACCUAGCUUGCACGAUGUUUCUGCGAUAAUAUUGGCUUUAGACCAUGGAUAUUGACAAUAAAGCCAUUGAUGAACGUA